GUUACAGGUAACAGAAAUACAAAAUUUGUGAAAAUUCCAGCUAUAACGCUUACUGUGACACAGCCUGUUGUCAGACGGAUGAACAGUGGAGCGAUAGUAAUAAGGCUCAGUUUACCCUUUCAGUAUGGAAUACUAAAAAGGACAUUUCUGAUAAAUUUAACAUUGAUAUCACAGAACAAUAAAAGAGAGAGAGAGAGAGAGAAAUAAUGACUCAGCUUACUCGACUCGGAUGUCUAUAUCAAAUGUGUUUAAAAAAACCGUCAUUAAAGCAAAAGGCAUUAUUUUACCAAUAUCUACAUACACACAUAAUAUAAGUUUAAACCGUAUAACACAGCGUAAACACAGUUUAAUCUAGAUAAGAACACAAAAAAGAACAAAUGAGCAUCGUACCCACACUUACCCACCGAUAAAUUCCUCUGGCAUAUUCAAUAAAUAGAUUAAAAUUAUCUACGCUUGUCCGAUGUCAGCAUUAUCGUAAACUCGCAUCUAUACGCCAGGUAUAACUUACUUACCUUCUACAAGUCAAGAUCCUCAUUACUGCAUAAUUGUAGAAUUAAUUAUGAAUUAACCCCACUACCUAUAACAGUGAUGUAAGCUUAGACGUAUUUUGUUUUAGAAGAAAACAUCGCACUGUUCGUUGACUUGCAUAAUGCCGUUGCUUUAAAUAUACAUUUAUUUAUAAAAUUUCAGGAAAAUUAAACGUUAAUGACUUUAUUGAAGCUUUAAAAAAGUUCUUGUCCAAUUUGGUAGGGCAAAAAAAUGUGGCCCAAAUAAAUGCUCAUGUUGAACAAAACUGAGAACGACGCAAAAAAACAUAUUUGGUCCAAAAAUAUGUUUAUUGAAUCUCAAUGUAUCGCAAUUGCACAAGUAUUCCGAUAAGGCAGGAUUACUCAAAGAUCACCAAAAAUACCCGUCAAUGUUAAAGUGAAUCACAUAAGACGAGAAAUUUUCAUACAUCGAACUUUAUUUGUCGUUACAACGGUGUGACCCGAGAUCAAUGGCAAUAUUUUAUGAAGUACAGGCUAACGAGUAUCCAUGAUGAGCUAAGUGCUUUUAGAGAAGUCAUUUCUUACGAUAAUUUUCUACAUGACACCGAUACCCCAAUAAAGUAACUGGCCAACAAUGGCAUGCAAAAAAAAUGCGUGAGGUGUAUGUGUGAGACGGUUACGUAUGACGCACGACGCUCAUGUGUUUGUAUUCCUGCCGAAGAGAUGAGUUGAUGUUGCAACUGUAUAAAAGCGAAGCGUCGAUUUCGAAAUCAACAGAACGAUUUGGAAUCCUCUAAGGAGUGAACACACGGAGAAUAGUGACCGUGAAUAAAAUUUCCGCAUUGUGAUACCGCGGUCGGCAGUGACAAGUGAUCUGAAGAACUGUAACGUUACAAUUUUGUUCGAUUUUUUUUUUACGUGAAGUGAUCAGGAUGCUUUCCUUUAAGUUCGUAGUAGUGAUCUGCGUAGCCGCAGUGGCAGCCUCUCCCAUAGAAGAUGGCAGAUGGAACCCCUACAAAUAUGGAGACAAUGGCAAAUACAUCCCUAGCGACGAAGGGAAAUACAUUCACAUUCCGAACCCCUACAUCCAUAUCGACAACCCUUACGACGGAGGCUAUGGACCUUACGCUCAUGACUACGAGCCUUACAUAAGUGAGGCAUCAGUGGAUCAAUACAGGCUGGUCCAGUACUCCGGUGAAGACAACCCCUUCUACAAGCCUGGAUACUACAAGAACAACGGCAUUAAGAUCAUCAAGCAAAACCACAACUACAAGGAAGACAAAUACGAUUUUGAUUUUGAAACCGAAAACAAAAUUCGUGCUGAAGAGAAGGCUGUGUUGAAGAACCCUAACACCAUCGACGAGGGAAUCGCGUCACAGGGCUUCUACGAGUACAUAGGGCCCGACGGCUUCAUGUACCGUGUGGACUACACGGCCGACGAAAAAGGUUUCCGUCCUACCGUCAAGAGGCUUGCGACCCCAUACUCCGGCAAAUGGAUAUACGAGAAAGUCAACUAAACGAAACAACCAACAACCCUCAAAUCAGUAUUUUGAAUAAGUAGGCGAUUGCAUUUUUCAUCACUCAUUCAUACCGACUGCAAUUUAUUUAACGAUCCUCAUUUCCUCGUAGGUCAAGAGCAAAGCAUUGUUCACGAAUAUGACAUUUCAACUAAACAUAUCAUUGAUACAUUCUUUUUCGAUAAAUCAACCUCGAUAUUUGUAAUUUAGAAUAAAUUAUCAUCUUUGUAAAUUACUGAAGUACAAAA